AUGGCCUCCAGUUCCCGUAAGCGAUCACACGCCUUGGUAGAGUCAUCUUCAGCAGCCAAUCAACUACCCGCUCCCACCUCAAAGGUCCAAAAGACUACUGACAUUCGGACCCUGUUUGCCGGCAAGCCAGCAGUAAACGGACUCGCAGACGAAGCCCAAACAACAAGCACGCACUCUACGGCAUCGAGGUCCUCCACAAAGAAAUUCAAGAAGAGCUCAUCGUCCUCUGCCACAAAGACAUCCUCCAAUCCCACCAAGAAGCACUACCUCACAACUAUCGCAGCGAUUGAGAAGAAACUCGCCGUCCUAGACAAGAUCUGUGUGAAACAGGAUCCCAACAACAAGUUCGGCGUAACUUCUGACGAAUACGCCCAAACUAUGUCUACAUUCCUCCCCGCGGUGGACGAGCUUCUCAAGCUCUCGCCCUCAGGUCAGGCCACCGCUCGGGCUUUCAACCUCCUACUCUACAUGGGCGAACACGCCUAUGCGGACCUUUGGCUUAGCUUCAGGAUGAGUGGAUAUGGAGAGUCGGAGCCUGAGUAUGAAAAGAUGGACAAGGUUAUGAUAGAGGUGAUUGGCCGAUUGGAGAAAGACCUAGAAGACAGUGCUGUUGGCAGUAAAGCAGGUGGAAUCAUGGCAGGAGCGGCGGCAGAGAAGAAACGCUGGAAUCCUGACACGGAUGCUGAUGUUGGAGAGUUCAAGACGCGCAGACCGAACAAGCAACAGAGAGGGUGGUUGCUGAAGCAAAGGACAGCAUGGGAGAAAGAAAGGUUGAGACAGAGGCGUGAGAAGAGGGAGGAGAGUGAAGCAAAGGCUCUGUUCAACUUGGGUUUGACACACUUGAAAGAGGACAGGGAUGAGAUUGCGCAAUAUGGGCUUAAGGGGUACUUUGUGAAAAGCAUCGAGAAGUUGGAGAAGUUGACAGGAGUGGAGAAGCCCGAGGCGAGAUCGUAA